CAAAACCUGGGCCGAAUAUCAAAUGAACACGAUGGCCUUACAUGUUUGUGGGUGGCCAAUAGGCUCUUAGUGAGUAUGACAGACCCUAAGGCUAUCGAGGUGGUGUCCAAAGCGUGCCUGGACAAAGAUGAAUUCAUAGUAAAGUAUAUACGAGCCGCAAUUGGCAACGGAUCUAUAUUUGCCCCAGUAAACAUUUGGCACCCUCGUCGCAAAAUCAACGCUGCUUUCUUCAACCGGAAGAACCUGAAUCAGCUGGUUCCGGUGUUCGACGCGAAGAGUUCCAUCAUGGCCGACCUGCUGCGGGCCGAGGCGGGGGGCGGCGACUUCCCCAUCUGGAGAUAUAUCACCACUUUUACAUUCGAUACAGUUUGCGAGACUGCCUUGAACACGCCAAUUAAUACGCAAAAAAACCCGGACCACUGCUACAUUCUGCAUGCAAUUGAUGAAUGCACACAGGUGCUCGCGAAGCGCAUGAUGCAGCCGUGGCUGCACCCGGACUUCGUCUUCAAGAGUCUGCCUGUCUACAAGCAGUAUCAACACCAUUUGCAACGCGCAUAUACAUUUAUAGAGGAGAUUAUACAAAACAAAAAGGAAAAAAUGACCGCAUAUGGACUUAAGGAUUUCAAAAACAAUAACAACGAACUGUCAUAUUUCAUCGACGUGGUAAUCCAGUCCUCCGGAGGGGUGGAGAAGGGCUACUCCAACAUGGAGCUGCGGGAGGAGCUGCUGGUGUUCAUGGUUGCCGGGAGCGACACGUCGGCAACCGCGGUCAGCUACACAACCGUGCUGCUGUCCCGGUACCCGGACGUGCAGGAUAAGGUGUACCAGGAACUGCAAGAAGUGUUCGGUGAGUCGGACCGCGCCGUGACCGUCGAGGAUCUGCCGAAGCUGACGUAUCUGGAGGCCGUCAUCAAGGAGAGCCUGCGACUCUACCCCCCAGUACCGAUAGUGGUGCGAGAGGUCCAUGGAGAUACACUUUUGCCGUCAGGCACAACGCUGGUAAACGAGACGACGGUGGUGUUCAACAUCUGGGGCACGCACCGCAACCCCGCGUACUGGGGGCCCGACGCGGAGGAGUUCCGCCCCGAGCGGUUCCUGCAGGGCCCGCUGCCGCACCCCGCCAUGUUCGUGCCCUUCAGUCACUCCGUCAGGAACUGCCUCGGUGCAACAUACGCAAUGAUGUCGGCAAAGACGGCGCUGGCCAACGUGAUCCGGCGCCACCGGCUGCUGCCGCCGGCCGGCGUGCGCGCCGCCGACCUGCAGCGCCCUCUACCGGUCAAGUACGACAUCAUGAUGAAGGCUGUCGACAACUUCACGCUUAGAAUAGAAGAGAGGGACCAGAAACCUAUGAUUAUGAAAGCUGUGGACAAUUUUAUCGACCGAGUUGAAGAGAGGGACGAAAUCAAAUCCCUAUAA